CAAAAAUUGAUUCAAUGAUGGUUGCAAAGUUUUUUGCAUGUAACCCAGACUUCUGUUCUGCCGAAUUUCGGAAUGUUAAAACAUCUUUAUCGCGCAAAUGCGGCAACAAUGCAGGCUCAAAGAGAUUCAUGUCGACCGAAGCGGAGUAUGAAAAGACGAAACUCUAGAAAAAAAUCUUUAUCACCGUCAGACUUGAAAUUUGCUCAAGGGGACACGAAAAGCGAAAACAAAUUGAACGGUAAAAGAUCAUUAUCCGAGGGGUCAGUGAAAGUGAGACACAAGAAAAGCAACAUACAAAGGACUUUGACCCACCCCAUUUCGUGUGCCGAAUUCGAAGAUGUUUCUAUGAAUACGGUGUUUAAGAUUAAGUGUGAGCCUGGGCCGCCUGAAAGUGACGAAUCGAAUGUACCACCAACUAGCAGUGACAGGGAUACCGAAGACGAUGUUAGGGCUGUGACACAACCUGUGCUGCAGAGGCCUCGGUGGGAUUCGGGCAGCGAGAUGGAUUCGUUGGUUUCCAUAGCUGUGAGGAAAGCAUCGGCACGACGACGCCGAACGCCUGCUAACCUUGAUUGGGGCGUCAAUAACGAACAAGGCGAAAUAAGUGAGCCAGAGGCCGGUCGCAUGCGUCCCGAAGAUUACCGCCUCGUAUUCCUUAGUUCAGAUUCGUCGUGCCGCGAAGACACGGAAGAUACAGCCUCGACCGCAUCCUCCGCUGCGCCGCCUGCGCCCGACGACUGCGAUUGGGAUUACUUCGAGCCGGGCGCAUCGGCGGCGCAGUCACUGCCACCACCACCGCCAUCCACAAAACAUACUACACAAGCCUGUCCGCGCGCUUGUUCUUGCGGAGCUGAACCUCGUAUAGUUGCUGUCCCUGUGCCAGUACCGGUACCGGUUCCCGCAGCGCUUUGGCCAGCCCUUCUUGCGUUCCCCACACAGACGCCUCCCGUGCCUCAUUGGAAUACCUAUCCCGGUUUCUCACCUCUCGAUGCAGCGGCUUUCGCCCGCCUUACGACGGCCGCUGCCGUCGCAGUCACCGCUGCCGCCACUGCGUCCAUUUUACCGCAAAAUAGACUCGAAAUGACCGUCGAAAGAACCGAUAAAGCGAUACAGUCCGAACAACAAAUACCUGCUACUGAUAACGAUAAGAGCGAUAAAAUUAUUGAACGCGCAGACGAACAUGAAACGUCAAACGGUAUAAAGGUUAUUGCUGAGGACUCGAUAUCAAUUUUGUCAGAAAGUGUGGACACAAUGCCAGAUCACCUCGAUGCGGAGAAGGCUUUUCCAUCUUCGAAUGAAUCUGCGAAUUCGAGUGAUUCUGACACAGGAGUUGCACGAAGGAGCUAUGACCUUAGAAGUGGCGCCCCCGAAGAGCCAGCGACGUCCGAUGAAGACUCUGAUGACUCGGGGGGUGGAGGGGGGCAAUUUUCACGGGUGUUUGUUGUUAAUCCAGCGGAUUCGUCAUCGGAUAUGGAGGAUAAUGCCGACAGCAGUGGAAUUGAUUGUGACGAUUCUUAUGACAAAAAAUCCGAUAGCUUAGAAAUAAUAGCUGUGGAUAUGCCUUUACAAAAUAAUGUAAACAUUGAAGCAAGUUCACACGAAAAUAUACCGGAAAGUAAUGAUAAUAAUAUAGUCGUUUUAGGGUCAGUUAAUUUUUCGGAAAGUUAUCCUUUAAUUUCUUUUCACAAUAAUCGUGAAGAAACACGUGAAAGUGAUUGUAAAAAAUCGAACUUUAUUAAAUUUUGUGACGAAAACAUGCUUCAGAGUGAAGUUUGCGAAAAAUUUAAUAGUUUUAAUACAGUGAGUGACGACUACACUAAUAGCUUGGACUAUCAGAGUAAUUUAGACAACAGCCCCACCAGCGGCAUAUCAGAAAAUAUUGAGUGCGAUUCGUUAGAUAAUUCUUUUAAUUCUGACUGUAAUAUAAAAGUUUCUGUCGACUGUCCUUCUAUCGAUUAUAAAGAAAUAAAUGUUUCACAUGAAAUACAAAAAUCACGAAAAUUAUCACCCUCACCGGAACUAAAACAAGUAGAAACGAGUUUGUCAACAUUACCGUCACAGAGCGUUGAAAAAAUAGACUUGUUUAAAGGUAUUGAACGCACGCUCAGUGAGUUAUUGAAGAAAGAAUUAAUGGAGGACCAAGGGGAGGAGAAAAUGCACGGUUCGCGGCCGGUUUACUCUGAGACGGAGGGGAGCGCGGGCGCACCUGUAGCGACAACAGUUUGCCGCUCGCGCACGGCCGAAGCGGACGGGUCCGCGCGUUUCACGAGCCGCGUUAUGAUAACGCACGAUCGUGUCUCCGUUGUCACGUCAGACACGACACGGCUCAUGCGUGACAUUAUAGUGCAUCACACAAACUCACAAAACGGACCGGAACCGAGCGCUAGUGAACAACAAAACGAUACAAACGAACGAUUAUCCGACGACGAAUCGGCACAACCUUCAGGUGGAGUGACUGUUGUUAGUAAUGCCGACACUCUCUCGGCGGUUGUGUGCCUCGAAGAGGGGCUCGCAGAUGACGACUCGUGGGUCGAGGACGUUAGCCACGACGAUGCCACUUCACCUUCAGACUCAGAUUCGGGAGAUGAAGCGACAUUGCCCACUCGUGGAGACGACUUCGCUUACUGUAGGCGUUCCUUAGAUUUUACUUUACAUACGAUAGUUGAAGAAAGUUGCGAAGAAAGUGAAGCCGAGAAUACAACUAAAAAACCGCGUCCAAUCUCAGCCACUGAACUGGAAAAAUAUUUUUUCUUCGGUCUAGGGGAUGGGAGAAAUGUUCGGGAUGAAGAGGAUCAAGUGUCAGAAACGUCGAGUAUAUGUAGUGAGGGUGAUGAAUCAAUAGUUGAUACGGAACAACCAAAACGAAGUAGCGAUAGUGAUGACCUCGUGUCCUCACGUUUAGAAAACUAUUUUUUGUCAGGUUUUAUGGGCUUCAAUCAAGAAAGACGUGAUUCUGACGGAUCCGGUAGUGUCGGAAGUGAUAGUGAAGGUAAACAAAGUCCUGAACAAAGACGAAAACGAUUGGUUCGAGCUCGAGGAACACCUCGUUCACAUUCUUCUUCUUUAGAUAACUUGUUAACUGGUGAUGAGCCUUCUCAAGAUAAUCAGGAGAUAUCGGAUGGCUCUAGCACUGAAACAGAAGACCGACAUGAAUCCCUUGAAAGGCUUGACAUGCAAGGUGAAGCAAAGCGAAAAAAGAGCAAAAAGCCCCGUGGUUCACCCGCCGAUGAAAGGCGUCAAUCAGUUGAGUUCCCCGAGGAAACACGUGACGACACAAGAUCUGUAUCAGAAGGGGAAGAUGGUAGAACGUCACCCCGUGUUGAAUUCCCACCUUUGGGGUCUGAACUUUCAGAGUCCAAAAAGCAAACGAGUAGAGAUAGUGGUUUCGUAGGAAGUUGUGAUGAUUUAUUGAGAAAUGGUGACUCGAGUUCGGAGUUUACUCGAUCUCAUGAGCCUAAAACAGAGUUGGAAGAAAUAAUAGAAGAAGUUAGACCAGAAGUCGAUGAACGCGUUGAACGACCACCCUCUUCUCGACCCCCUCCAAGUCCAUUAACACGAAAAGAUAGCUUUAAUAAUUGGUCAUCUGAUGAGGAAACAAAUCUGAUGAUGACAAAAAUGCGACAAUUUUUCAAACAAAUGAUUAACUCCGCAAAUGUAAAAACAUCAACUCCCGCUCCAUCGAAUCCAGAAAGCCCUCGCCCGCCGAAACCACCACAACUACUUUAUUUCGAAAGUGAGUUAACUCGUCUAAUGAAAACAGUUCCCGGAAUUCGAGAUGAGGAAGUUCGCGAAAUUGUAGAAUAUUUAUCCAGCGAGGACACAUGGAGUGACUCGUACGACUCUUCCGACUACGCUGGUUCGGAUCUAGAAGGUACAGCAGCGAACCGGUCAGCUUUAAGGAAGCAAAUAUCCGAUAGUUGUCGAGAAAUAAUCGAUGAAUUCGAUCGUGGUAACAGUGAAGCUGGAUCUUUAGAGCGAGACGCUGUCGGUGCUUAUCAAAGGUUGGCUGCUACAUUAGGUCGAGCAGGAGAUGGAUCUCCGCCACUAUUUGGAAAGGUAAUGCGUCAUAUUGGAGGAAGAUUAGUUGCUUUAAUGCACGAAGUGUCGGGAGGUGCGUCUCCAAGCACAGAUGACGAUAGUGCUUCAGAGCCGGGGGCUUUAGCUCGUAGUAGAUCUCAUGACAUUCUCGAGGCUACGGCUAGUAGAGGAAGUGUUGCGAGUGAUUGUGAAAGGUUUUCGUGGCGUGGUAGUUUUGAAUCAGCGUUGCUCGCUGCUGACUCUCGGGGGACGCUGGGCGGUGGGGGAUGUGAAGCGAGGCGAUCUCCAGGAGUGGCUGACUUGGCAACUCAAAAAUCACACUCCAGAAGUUGUGGCGCUAUCAGUGGCAGUGAAGAUCGAUUGUGGAGAGGGAGGAGACGAGCGUCAGCUCCUGAUGCAGAGUCUGAGGAAGAACAACGCGCCGGAUCGCUUCCUCGACUACCAUCUAUCACUGGCACGAACACAUUACCCGCGGGGCCGGUGAAGUCGGCUCGGUAUAGAGCUCCUGGCUUUAGGACUGCUACAAGAGCGGCCUCAGCGCCAGGACUCCACGUCCCGAGAAGACGACGUGCUCCUCCAACGCCGCAACCGACGACGCCUUCUGCGCCCGCCUCAGCACCUAGUUUACAGGAUGAAAUAUACAUAUCAGAAGGACUGUCCUCUGGACACGCCACACUCCCGAGGCGCUCCAACUCACCGCUUCCACAUGAUCGCGAUAUGGACAGAGAUAGAUUUCCCAUUAAUAGGAGUGGUCUACAGGCUCGAUCGGAAUCUAUGGCUUCAGUUUAUUCUGGAGCGGGUGAGGGCCUGCGGGGGAACGUGACCGUGAAAGGAGAAGUUCAGUUUUCAUUGCUGUACAACUAUCGACUAGGAGCUCUUGAAGUGGGCGUCAAACGAUGCCGAGAUUUAGCCCCUAUCGACGUAAAGCGCAACCGUUCGGAUCCUUACGUCAAGGUUUACUUGUUACCCGACAAGUCGAAGACUGGCAAGAGGAAGACAAAGGUUAAGAAGAAUACGCUGAACCCAGUAUUCGAAGAGACGCUGAGCUUCGCGCAGCCGCUCGCCUCGCUGUCCACGCGGACACUGUGGCUGAGCGUGUGGCACGCGGACAUGUUCGGCCGGAACGACUUUCUUGGCGAGGUGACGCUGCCGCUGGCCGACGUCGUGUUCGACGACCCCGAGCCCAUGUGGUACAAGCUGCACGAGAGGACGGAGCAAUUCGAUGAGCACCAAGGCUCGCGAGGUGACAUUAUAAUCGGUCUCAAGUUCGAGAUACAAGACGUCGCUCGCGGUAAAGGAACUCUACACGUACUAGUUAAGGAAGCUAAGAAUCUCGUUGCUACAAAACCUAACGGUUUAGCUGAUGUCUUUUGUAAAAGCUACCUGCUGCCGGAGCGCGGGCGGCUCGCCAAGCAGAAGACGGCGGUGAGCCGGCGCACGCUGAGCCCGCGCUGGGAGCACACGUUCACGUACCGCGGCGUGGCGCUGCGCGAGCUGGCGGCGCGCGCGCUGGAGCUCAGCCUGUGGGACCGCGACCGCCUCGCCUCCAACGACUUCAUGGGCGCCGUGCGCCUGUCGCUCGGCACCGGUACAUACAUGGGGGCAAAUGUCAAUUGGAUGGACAGCGUCGGGAAGGAAGUAGCUCUCUGGCAAACUAUGAUGCAACGUCCCAACUUCUGGGUCGAAGGGUCACUGCCCUUAAGACCUCAGCUUAAUAAUUAGAUACUUACAUAUUAAAACAUUUACAAUUAAACUGUACAUUUUUUGUGAACACCGAUUCUAAUUAAAAUAGAUUAUGUUUAUUUCAUAAUCGUACAUAGAACGAUUUUGGCCCAUCACAUAAAUAUUAAGUAAACUUACAAACUGAUUAUUGGGAAAACUUUGUUUAAAAUAUUUAUAAGGAUUUAGUUUUAUAAUAUUAGGGAGGUGACAUAUAUCAAGUUUAAACUUGCAUUUUUACAUUUAAAUAAAUAUCUCAGUGGGUAUUAUUAUUGAUAAAUACUCUUUUUAUUUAGAAGUAAGUGCUAAGAAUAAUUUCUGUAUCUGAUCUGUAAGAACAUGUGCCAAUCAUGUCGUAUUGUAGGUAUUCAGUAUAUAAGUGUGUAAAAUGAUUGAAUAAUAACGUUUUAUUAUGAAACUGAUAGAUCUUUCAUGUACACAAAAGAUUUUAUUCGAUAAUAAAAACUCUUUUCUACUUA